AUGGCGACCCGCGUGGAUGCAAAGCUGCUCCGGCAGACCAAAUUCCCUCCGGAGUUCAACCAGAAAGUUGACAUGACCAAGGUCAAUAUCGAGGUCAUGAAAAAAUGGAUCGCAGGAAAGAUUUCUGAGAUUCUGGGGAACGAAGAUGACGUCGUUAUUGAGCUUUGCUUUAACCUGCUCGAAGGAUCACGAUUUCCGGACAUCAAAUCGCUACAAAUUCAGCUUACGGGGUUUCUGGACAAGGAUACCGCGAAAUUUUGCAAGGAAUUAUGGUUGUUAUGCCUGAGUGGCCAGCAAAAUCCCCAGGGAGUUCCGAAGGAGCUUUUGGAAGCAAAGAAGCUGGAACUUAUGCAAGAAAAGGUCGAGGCCGAGAAAGCAGCCGAAGAGGCGCGCAAGAAGAAAGAGCAGGAGCAAGCGCGGGAGCGAGAGAUCGAGGAGCUAAGACGGAGAGAACGCUCUGAGAGAGGUCGCGGGGGCAGAAGAGGCGGCUUUGGAGGACGAGACUUUGAUCGACGGCGGUCACCACCGAGACGGCGCAGUCGGGAUCGCCAUUGGGACCAGCCUCCCAGGCGAGAGUUCGAUUCGUAUGUCCCCUCCGGAUCUCGCAGAGGCCGUCGGCCUUCUAGGUCACCCAGUCGCUCACCCUCACGCUCGCGAUCUGUAUCACCUUCUCGGUCGCCGCCACGCAGGCAACGCCCUGACCGAAACCGACGCCGUCGAUCACCUAGCGGCUCCGUCUCGCCAGAACGAGGUGACCGCCGGAGGCCGAGAAGACGCAGCCCCGAUUACGGUGAUCGAGCUAGAUCCAUCUCCCGCAGUGAUUCAUCGCGCUCACGUACUCCCAGAAGAGACCGACGACAGCGAUCUACUUCCCCGCGUAGCCCGUCACGCUCGCCUGCCCCGAAGCACCGACAUAGGCGGAGGAAAUCAUCUGGCUCAAGGUCACGAUCGAGAUCGCGGAGCGCCGAGAGGCGAGAGGGCCGGCGAAGAUCGUCGCCUUAUUCUAGAGAUGCCAAGACAGAAUCCACGGCUAAUAUUGCAAAGGGCCACAAAUCCCGUGACGAUCGCCGCUUGAGCCGCAGCAGAGACCGCAGCGACGACCGUCGACGUCGGCGCUCGUUCAGAAGCGCGAGCCGCAGUCGUAGCUGGGGCAGAGGCCGGUCUCCCACCAGAAGCGUUAGCCCGAGGCGUCACGACUCGCGCAGCCGAAGCCGCACGAGGGAGAGGAAGCGGCGUCGCUCCAUUGAGAGAUAUGCUCCCGCUGCCCGGAGAAGGCGCAACACGUCUUCCGUAUCCGUUCGUAGUGAGAAGCGGCAAAGAGUGGCUGAUCAAGAUGAGGAUUCAAAGCGCAAAUCGCCGUCUCCUGAGGCCGAAGAGAAAAACCAUGCCAAAGAGGCUAUUCCACCAAAACCGCAUCCACGCAUCUCCAGCACUAUACUACGAGAGAAGCUUCUCCGUGAAAGAUUAGUUGCUAUGCGACGAGCCACCCCAAAUGACAAGGUAGGUAGCAGCAGCUCAACGGCACAACAGAACACAUAA